UAGAAAGAAUCCAAGCAUUUCCACUUUACUUGUCUUCUUCUUCUUCCUUUUCAGUGCUAUUUGUAUCUUCACUUCUGCAGAAAGCAACUGUUCACUUCAUGACGAAAUCUCUGAAAGUCUUUUGGAGGACACAGUCACAAAGAUCAUAAGAACCUCUUUCGUGGUUAUUCUUUAUGAUGGUCACUAUAUUAACUAUUUUGUGAAUAAACUUCACGGAUCAAGAGUGAGCACGAUUAUCCAAUGGUUGGACACGUCGUCCAAAGAGGCCCUUAUCGCCACCUAUAAGAAAUACAGGAAAACAAUGCACGAACUUCGAAAACAACGUUCUUAUAUAAAUGUCAUUUGUCUUGUCCAUUCGAACUUUGAAUUUUUUAUGGAUAUGGCAGACAGCGACUUUAAGGAACUUUCUUGGGCUAGAUACCUAAUUGUUGAAGAUCCUCACAAAAUCGCUAAAUACCUGAGUACUUAUCCCAUGGUAGCAUGCCAAGUGUACAGUAUCUAUAAGCGACAUCGAAGCAGAAAACUAACAGAGGCGACUUAUAUACUCCAGCGAGCGGACCCAACGACUAGCACGUGCUAUUCCAGAGAAACAGUCGCUACGUGGAAGUCGAUCAAUGGGCAAUACACUCUUCAUUCAUCUGACUUGAAGGCCACGGAUAUUAAGAAUUUCAAAGGAAGAACAUUAAAAGUUGGUUGUGUGCAUGUUUUCCCAUUUUUUAUGCUCAACAUUAGAGAAGAAAAAGUGGAAGGAACCGGAGGAAUCGAAUUCCAUCUCCUCAAGACAAUGGCUCAAUACCUGAAUUUUAAGUUUGAAUUGGUAACUCCGGAAGACCGACACUGGGGCUCAAAGAUGUCGAAUGGAACCUGGACUGGAAUGAUUGGCUUAGUACACAGAAAGGAAGCGGAUUUUGCAAUGAGCGAGAUAAGUCGUACUUUUGAACGGGAAGCGGCCGUCGAAUACACAGAGCCUCACAUGCUGGACCCAGUUUUGUUCCUCACCCGUUCGCCGGGAGAGAAACCUCGAGCGUUUGUCAUCUUUCGUCCAUUUACUGUCCAAAUAUGGCUGUUCAUCGUUGUAGCUGUUCUUGUGUGCACUGUUUUUCUUUAUGGUCUAAGUCAAGUAUCCAUAACCAUCAACAAAACUCGAGUCAAGAUUGGACAACUAGGGUGGUAUCUCUACGGAAGUUUGUUAAUGCAAGCUACGAACGUGUAUAUUCUUAAACGAGACAGCUUCCGAUUGAUGGUCGCUUUCUGGUGGAUGUUCGCUCUAAUCGUGAUCUCGGCUUACAGCGGCACAUUGACGUCAUUCAUGAAUGUCCCCGGCAUGAACGAAGCAGUGGACACCGUAGGGAAACUAGAGUCCUCUGUUGUCAGAGAAAAGAUGAAAGCUGGGACUGUUAUAGGCACAUCAUUUCUAACAAAUUUCUUGGUGGCAACGGAAGGAACGUUUUUAACGCUUGGAAAGAGAAUGAAAGAAAACCCGAAGGAAACAACGGCAAAAAAUCUCGACCAAGGAAUGAGCUGGGCUUUGGAGAGAAAUUUUGCUUUUAUUUUCGCCCUGGCACCGUUAGAGGCAAAGGCGGCUGGACUGGGUUGGGAGCGGUUUGUUAUUGCCAAAGAUCAAUUUUUCACCACAGUGUACGCCAUUCCACUACAGCAAGGAUGUCCGUACAAGAAUACGUUUAAUAAAAUUUUACGGAAGAUUCAAGAAGCUGGUUUGAUCUUCAAGUGGAAAGAAGAUUUACUGGUUAAAUUACGAGUACAAGCUGCUAAAUCAGGAGAUGUGGAGUCAGGCGGCCCGAGAUCUUUAGGCCUAGAAGAUCUUCAAGGAGCGUUCUACCUAUUGUUUUUAGGGCUCGUGUUCAGUAUUCUAGUGUUAGCAGGCGAAAACUAUUGCAUCAGGAAACAUAAAAUCAUUAUCAAGCAAUCGUAAAACGUAAAUUAUGUUUCAGUUUGAUUUCCUAAAUUGCCCUGCUGUUUUGGGUAUGUUGCAUCAUUAAGAAAAGCUUCAAGUAUGAACUCGUUAACAAAUAGUUGUAGAACAUAGAGCCUGUUUCACUGUGCGUUCACUGGUGGAUUAAUGUCGUUAGUCCAAUCACCCA